GAAGUCAGUGUUUAUAUAGAGAAUAGUUAUCAUAGCUCUAUUGUAUCCGGAGCAGUAGUGUACUGAGCAGCUUUUCAUUUUUUUUAUUUCCUUUUGAUUCGAAAAUAUGGCUAAGCCAAUAAAUUUUAAGGACAUUCCGUCCGAGAUGCCACAACCCAAGCGCAUUCAACUCGAGGGUGAGGUUUCAGUGGCCGAGGCCAUAAACUUCCUUAAGACACAGUGUGAUACGCGAAAGGAGCACAAGGAGGAGGACCCAUUUAAUGAGGGCCCCACCGUGGCGGACGAGCUUAACGCCCGAUUGGCAAUGGUCCAUGUGCGUGAGAGUCGCACCAAACACAUUCGUAGGCUAGUCAAGUAUAGACCCAACGAUACGCAGGCGUUGUACAGAUUCAUCUGUGUCUGUCCUCGCUACCAUCCUUGCUAUGUUCCCUGCCAGCACACAGGACAGAUAAUCAUCGAUCGUGACGUAUUGUCGCGCGAGGAACACAUUUGCUUUCUGGCUACGCCCAAGAAAGACUUCUCCUCGCCCCAGUUGGCCAAGCAGGCACGCUACUAUACCAAAAAGAUCUACGUGAACCAAUGUACAGCCCGUGUGGAGCGCCUAGCCGAUCCGCAUCCGAUGCGAGUGAGUGACACCUAUAAUUUCUUUAAGGAGUAUCUCUUGCCUCGUAACAUAACCGCUCUGGAGAACCAGAUGAAACCAAAGCCUCCGGUGGAAGCCAUGACAAUGGAGAAGGCGCUGGAGUACAUGGAGGAGGAGAUGCGUCAGCGAAGGGCAGCUAAGCGCGUCCACAAGCGACGAUGCAAAGGUCUCAAGAAACGCAUCCUUUUGCGCCAGCGCAAGCAAAUGCAAAAAAUCAUUUGCGUCCUGUUCGAGGAAAUGAAGGAUUUUCUACUCAACGAUCAGUUCAUUGUGGACGAAAACUCGCCUCUGUGCUCUGUGAUUCUUGAGAGACUUCGAGAGUUUACUGAUCAAGAGUUCUAUACGACCAGUAAUUUGCGCGAGUAUCAACGGAUAUUGGCCAACAAUCUGACCGUUUGGAUCAACAAGUUUAUAUCGAAUUUGAAUAUUUACUUGGCGCCACAACAGAUACCUGUAAAGCGGCAGAUGAUGGCAGAGAACGAUCCCGAACAGUUUGUGCCCUUGUCGGACUACAUUUCUGUUUCCGAUGAACCAGGUGCAGAAGAGAUGUUGGAGGAUGUUGAGCAAGGAGCCGCGGAAUAUGACGACUAUGCAUAUGGGGAGGACUUCUUGCCCGAUGUUCUUAAUAACGAUUUGUCGGAGGAGACUAUAGUUGCUUAAAUAAGGUUCGGCUUACCCUUCAUUUGAGUCCAAGUAAGCUCUUUGUAAACUCCGUUGCUGUGAACCUUGGCCCCGUGAUUCUUCAGAAUAUCUACUGGCAUUGCGCGAAAGAGGAAAUGUAGAAAAUUCUGUAAAUCGUAUACGAAAAUUAAUAGUGCAAAAUUCAAAUCAAAAGUACAUUUUAUGUAAAACUGA